UUCUUUUCCGCUGCUCUGCGCUCUGCUCUGCUCCGCUCUUCAUCACACGCCGCACGGCGCACGCACCCACCACCAUCACGCCUCCGACUCCUCCGGCACUUCUCUGCUCGCUCGCCCCUAUCCAUCCACCCCCCACCACCUCUUCCCCCUCCCCACGCCUCCUCUCCCCUCCCCUCGCGCGCGCACGGCAGGCUCCGUCUCCCUCCGUCGCCGUCCGUCCCCGGAGGCAGAGCAAGAAAGUCGUUGGUGCAAGAAUGGGGCGCAAAAGUGACCUGGCUGACCAGCUGCAGGAGGAUGGCACGAGUGCUGUUGCUGAUGAAUAUGAAGAAUGCAGUGAAGAAGAAGAACCAUUUGAACGUGAAUUCUACGAUGAUGACGAUGAUGACGACGACAAUGUGGGUGAGCCAGAAACAAAAGCUGCGGAUCCUUGUGAAGAUCCUUUGGCAGAAGAAGAGGAGGCUAAUGGAGAGGAACCUUGCGAUGGUGCCACCCCACUUGAAGAUGAGGAUGCCAGUUACGAUGAACCUUUUGUUGAUGAACUCUGUUAUGAAGAAGACAGUGGCGAGCAGGACUCGUAUUAUGCGGAGCCUUUCACGGAUCAGCUCUGUGAAGUGGAGCCAUGUGAUGUUGAGGUGGCUCGCGAGGAGGAAUUUGGGAGGAAGUACUGUCCUGUUCAGGCUAUCAAGAAGGAACAAAAUGAGGAAGAGGUCCUAAAACGGACACUGAGAAAGGGCAGCAGCCAUGAGCACAAGGCGGUACCAGUGACUGAUGAAAUCGAAUUGAAGCCGUUCAAGAAACGAUUGUCUGUCAGGUUUGCUACUGAUGUAUCUUGUUACACAUACAGUACUGAAAGUUUUGGUGCUGCCAAGUUGGAGAAAAGGAAAGCUCUGUUUGAUGACCAGGACAGCCACUUGUGUAAGAGGCAAGAACACACAGUUUCUUUGUCUCAGGACAGUGUCACGCUGAAAGAAGUGGAUGACACUAACCUGUAUGUGGGUAACCUGCCAACUUCUGUGACUUCUCACAAGCUCAUCGAGCUAUUUCUACCUUUUGGACGAAUCGUUCGAUCAAAAGUGGCGGAUGAUCGUUUCACUGGUUUAAGCCAGGGAUAUGGCUUUGUGAAGUAUGCUGAACCUCGUAGUGCCACAGCAGCUAUUGAACGCAUGAAUGGGCGCCUGGUUGAUGGGAAAACAUUAGAGGUUAGGGUAGCUGGACCUCCAACAUCAGUAUUCUAUCCAUCCAUGCAAGCUGUGUCAGAAGCUUGCAGUCUGCCAUCAAAGGAAGUUGACCCGUGUAGGCUGUAUGUAUGCAACCUCCCCUUAUCCAUGGACACUCUGAAGCUACUCGAGCAUUUUCUGCCUUUCGGGAAAGUAACUGAUAUAAAGGUACCCAGGGAUCAAGCCACAGGUUUAAGCAAAGGAUAUGGCUUUGUGAAGUACUCUGAUUCUCAUCAUGCAGCUCAGGCCAUCACCAAUUUGAAUGGGUUUCUGGUUGAGGGUAAAAAGAUAGAUGUUCGAGUGGCUGAGGUCUCUUCAACCAGAACCAUCAAGGAAAUCGACAUGGCGAAUCUAUAUGUCUGCAACAUUCCUGCAUCCAUUGACACAGAUAAGCUGGUUGCGCUUUUCUCGCCAUUUGGUAAGAUUACCCAUGCGAGAGUGGCUGCGGACCAAGGCUAUGGCUUUGUCAAAUUUGCCGAUUCUCAAUGUGCUGCCGAGGCUAUUGCACUAAUGAAUGGAUCACUGGUUGAAGGGGAAACUCUAAUUGUCAGAGUCGCAGGCCUUUCACCACUUGCAUCCAGCUCAGUUGUACAAGGCUCACCAAUUCCCUCGCUAGAAAUGAAGAAAUCUAGACUGUACGUCACUAACCUUCCGCGGUCGAUGAACGCUGAUAAGCUGGUUGAGCUUUUUAUGCCCUUUGGUAAGAUCAGCAAGGUUGUGAUCAAUCUGGAGUAUAGCCUAGUGUACUAUGCAGAUUCAGCAUCAGUGACCACGGCUGUUGAACACAUGGAUGGGUACCUGAUUGGUGGAAAGAGUCUAGUAGUCAGGCGAUCAGACUCUUGUCCAACCGCUGCAGCAGGGCAUGCUCCUUUAUCAUCACAGUCAGCUGGUGGCAAGCCCACAAGAGAAAUUGACAUGGCCAACUUGUAUGUUGGUGGCAUCCCACCAACAGUAACCGACAAUCAGUUGGUCGAGCUUUUCCGGCCAUUUGGACAAAUUGUGCAAUCUAGGAUGUUUCUUGGGUAUGGCAUGGUGAGGUACAGCGAUCCUUCAUCUGCUGCUGCUGCAAUCGAUCGAAUGGACGGUUACCAAAUCGGAGCAAGUACCCUGGCUGUGAGAGUAGCAGGCCUUCCUAAUAUAAUGCCUCGGGCGGAUUGUCUAACAGCACCGCAGGCGCCUCCUGGCAAUGAGCAGAAAGAGGUAGACUUGACCAACCUAUAUGUAGGCCAUCUCCCGCUCUAUAUCACCACAGAAAGGCUGACCGAGAUCUUUCUGCCAUGCGGCCAAAUCACUCAAGCAAAGGUAGUCGUUGACCGGUACACCGGAGUGAGCAAGGGAUUCGGAUUCGUCAAAUUCGCCGAUACUUAUGCUGCUGCUGCGGCUCUGAGUUACAUGAACGGUUACCUGCUGGAGGGGCACAUCUUGGCCGUCAGAAUAGCCAAUGUUCAUCCGAGUGAUAUGGGCAGCUACAUGGCGCGUCUCUACUCCCAGUUCAAAGUCCCUGACCCCUCUACCAUGGCGGUUGGAGUGCCAACAUCGUCGUAUUGGCCACCGUGCUAUUCUGCUGAAUCAGCUUACGCAGAGAAUUAUCGGGGGCAGGGAACUGAUGCUGCUGCUUCUCAAACGUCUCAGCUGCCUGAAUCUGUGUCAGCCAGUUCAUCAUUUGCUGCUGAAAGGGAUUGGUCUCCUGUGUCAAGCCAUGUCGCCGACAGCUCUCAGCAGCAGCCUUCAGCAGGCUGGGCCGGUCCGCCUGGCUUCGAGCCCCUCCAUGCGCAUGCGGCAGUCUCUCCUCCUCCGCCAGUGGUACCUUGGGCUGGCCCGCCAGGCUUUGAGCCCCAUUCCAUCCCCAAGAAGAAAGAUGGCGCCACCGCGACAAAACCUUCCCAGCCUUGCUCCAAGGUCCAUCUGGCAGAGUCAGGAGGCAGCCAGAAAAGGCGUUCCAUCGUCUAGCACCAUCUGCUUCCUUCAGGGCACACUUGUGGUCCAUGGAGCCCUCAAUCGCCCCCAGAUGAUGUUCUCUUGUGCUCAGUGGAUCUCUUGCAUUGCUUCUGGCAGAAAGAAAGACCCAUGUGCUAAUUAGCAUCAGUUGGUUUAGCCAUGUACUUAACUAGUACUGUAGUAGUAGACUUUGGUAGUUAGGGCGAGCUCGAGCUGGCUGGUAAAAUGAAGAAACUUAAUUGUCAGUGUAAUCGUAUUGUUAAUUAACCUGCAUGCAUAUAGCAGCCUUGCAUGGUUAUUUGUGAUGCCAACUGAUGAGCACCAUUUCACCAGUUAAGUAAGACGGUUAAGGUUCCAUUCCCAUGCUAUCAAUGCUUGCUGGUGUGAUGCAUUCUGAACUUUUAACUAUGCUAUCAAUGUAUUAUUUGUUCAGUCAA